AUGGUCACCACUCCACACAUCGUCGCCCCCACAGCCCCCCACACCCACACCAUCAUCUUCCUCCACGGCCGCGGCAGCGACGCCAAAACCUUCUGCUCGGAGCUCUUCGAAAGCGAAGACACUUCCGUGCGAAAGUUCACCGACAUCUUCCCCAGUAUAAAAUGGGUCUUCCCCAACGCACCAUCAUCCUGCGCAGUUAGCGAGCGAGAAGUAAUACCGCAAUGGUUCGACAUGACAUCCGUGCAACGGCCCGAUCAAGACGCCGAGUCACAGAAAGAAGAGCUAUGGCAGAGCGUCGCGCAGAUUCUAGAAGUCCUUGAGGAAGAGAUGAAGCCCGUGGGAUUGCGCAAUGUGAUUAUAGCGGGGAUGAGUCAGGGGUGCGCUAUUGGUAUCUUUACUUUGGUCACUUCUGGUAUCCGUGUUGGAGGGUUCAUGGGGCUGUGUGGAUGGUUGCCGUUGGCGGAGGAGCUGUCUACCCUGAUGGGGGUGCCUGGACGAGAGCGGGGCGUGUUUGAGAUGCCGUUGCUUUUGCAGCAUUGCAAGGACGACGAGGUUGUGCCUGUUAGGAAUGGGGAGAAGCUUAGGAAGAAACUUGAGGAGUGGGGUGGGGUCGUGGAUUGGAAGUGCUUUGGGGAGGGUGGGCAUUGGCUUAAUGAGCCGAAGGGUAUGGAUGGGUUGGUGGAGUUCAUUCAGAAGGUUAUGAGGGUUUCGCCGAUCCCUAUACCUGUUAAAGACGAGGAUAAGAAAGAGGCGAAACCGAAGAGCAGAGAUUGGUAG